AUGCCUUCUAGCGAAUCUCUUGCUUCUCCAGAUCUCAAGUUUCCUCCCGUGCGAGUGAACGGAUCACUGACAAGGCUUGACCUUGAAACGCUUAUGAUGCGGUCCACCCAACGCCCGCAGCCAGAGGAGGCAAGCAGCGCUCUUGAAGAUAGCAACUAUGAUAUGCUCGGCGAUGGGGUAAUGGAUGUCUCGGACGAUGAAGCUCAUACGGCAUCGAUCGCCUCGACCGACGCUCCAACUCCCGAUGAUACAUCCGACGAGUUCACUGACGAUGAGGCCGACUACGAGAUGGGUGACCGAGGCUUACAAGAUAGCAUCUAUUCAUCCCAAGCCGAGCCCCCAGAACAGCAAUCCGACGCACGCCCUGCAUUAGCAGGCGAAGACUCGACGUUGACCGAAGUGCCGUCAUACCUGUCUGGGAGCGAGAGCUCCUGGCGCAUCACACUAGACGAGCAGCCAACGGACAAUGAUGAGGUUGUCCAGGGAGGUAAUGUCAUUCAGAGCUCGACCGACUAUACGGACGAGCUCCCACAAGUAUUCAGCCGUUACGGCUGUGAGGAGGUCAGGCUGUCCGUAAAGGCAGCCUUGUCGAAACACCCCUUGCCCCCUCCAGAUUCGUACAAGAUACUAUACAUUGGAAUGCCUGAGAGAUGGGCAGAAGACAUCACCACUACCCAGAUUGCCAUGGCACUCGGUGCUUACCCUAGCCUGUCCAAGUCGGUCAUGGUACGUGGGCAGGUCGAACCAUACGUCCCUGUCCCGCAAGUUUCUCGCUGCACCGGGCUAGAGGUUGUGACCUCACGUGGAAAGCCAACACGCAUCGUGGCCAAACUAGAGGAUGGCAAGCAGCUCGAGUUCAGCUAUAGUACGGCCGCUCACUCCCUAGACCGGCCAGAUCUUGUCAUCAUGUGUCAUCGAACACAGCCACACUCGCCUACUGAAAGAGAGGCCAUUGAUUUCGCCAGAACGAUCUUUGCUUAUGCCAGGAUACCAUGCAUCGAACUUGCUCAGGUCAUCCCCCAUGGUAUUCCAUCGCUCAUCGAGGACCCGGCAGCGUUGCAAGUACACGUUGAGGGCCGAGACGACUCAAACACUGACUACGAGCUGAAAGCAGUAUUGCCUCUGAAUCAUCGCGGCUUUAGUAGAUUGGACCCAUCGCAACUCAAUCGUCACCUUGCCUACAUCAGCCCUCGCCUCAUGACUGCACGAGACAAAAAAGACAGUACGAAGGCACAAGCAUCAUGGUUUGGUGGUAAGAUCAAGACAUUCACGAAGAAGAUUGGAUUGCAGUUACCCUCGGCAAGAACGCUCAUAUCUGCAUUGGUUCUGUGUGUAUUGAUACCCGCCCUGUUCCAGGGUGCAGCCUUUGCCCCUAUGCUACUCCAGAAGGCUUCACGAAGCGUAUCAGCAUCAUCAGUCCUCUCUGAGGGGGAAAACAUUGACCCAAGCAUUACUCCUGUUGCGUCGGAAUCUUCACGACUCGUGACAUCCAUCUCUUCUUCGUUUACCCCAACGGCAAUGGGAGCUCUAACAGUCGUACCGGCUUCACUGAAGCAUCCUAGCAAAAAGCUGAAGACAGAAGACGGAAAGAUUGGAAGUUUUGAGCUUCAAGCUACUGGGGAUCACCAAUUCAUACUUCGCCCUUCAAAGGCAUUUUCUUCGAGGCGUAAGAGACCUCAACUUCAAAUCCAGAUUGCUCGUCAGUCGCAACAGGUUCCUAUCCGGUACAAUCGAACCAUGACUGGAGAAUACAUUGUCGACCUCGAGCACAAGUACCCAUACGACAAGUUCAACGUCAGCAUUGCAACUCACUCAAAGCCCCUUCUGCGACAGUCUUUCGAAGUCAUGCUCGGCCACAACAAGUCGAUGCUAGAACAAUUCAUGGAUAAUGCCAGAUCUGGUCUCAUGAGUACUCAAGACGCUCUGCGAAACGUUUCCUUGAUGGCGACUCAACACAUGCAGACGUACAUGGAUGUGCGGGAUAUCGAUGUCGCCGGUGCCUCUGAGCAGAUGCAACAGGUCCGGCGGAAGAUUCAGGAGCAAUUGCAGACGAAAAGUCGUCUGGCCAAGCAGAUACCUGGGGCGGCAUGGGUGGGUCUACGCGAGGCGACAGCACCGGUACGCACAUCACGGGCAAUGAAGAGAGCUAGGAUGAAUGCACUUCGCCUUCGAUGCAAGAUGGAAAUGGCUGCAGGACUGUCUGGGAAAGAUGGCGAAGAGAAGCAGAGCUGGGCGUGCUCCAAAGUGAAGGGGUAUAUGUGA